AUAUAUUGAAAGCGAAAUGCUGUUGAUAACAUGGUGACAACAAUUAAAAUAACCUGCGAUGGAGUCUUCAUCCAAUCCAACUCGUAUCUUACGCCCACCCAAGCGAAUCCAAGCGAGCCGACUGCUGUGGCAACCAGUCUAAGCAACGAGAGCGACAACUCGCAAAGCUCACGGAGCAGCCGCAGCAGCAACAGAAGCAACAGCAGUGGCAGCAACAACAACAACAAGAAGAACGCACGCAGCAGUGUGGCAAGUCGCCAGGAUACGCGACGGCGUUACUGUUACUUUGGCAGCAAGGACGUCUAUUGGUGCAAGCAGAGCGGCGUUGGCGCCAGCAGCAGCAGCAGCAGCAGCAGCUUAACGCGCAGCGCCAGCAGUCUGGGGCAUAGAGAAACCGUUUCGUUGCAUGCUGCACCGUUAAUUGCCAAAGCUCGUCGCCGUGCCUUGCCCCUUUGUGGCAGCAGCAGUCUGAGUGCGGCCUAUGCACCAAACGCAGCCAAACGCAAAGAGUUUUACUUUUGCGAUAAAUAUGCGCCAACAGCAGCAGCAACAAUUGCUGCCACGCAUCAGCAACAUCAACAGCAGCCCAUUGAUGUACGCCUCUUGAACUUUCUGCGCAGCGCUCAGCGCAGAUUUCAAUCAACAACUGCAACAGCAGCAGCAACAACAACAACAAUAGCGAAAACCAAAACUGAGCACAGCAGCAACACCAAAGAAAAUACUAAGCGUAUGAGCAGCGAUAGCAAAAAACAACAACAACAGCACAGAAUUAAUAACAAUAACAAUAGCAUUAAAGUGCUUAAUAAGAAUAACUGUAUUAGCAACAAAAGCAAAUCGCUGCCGCCCAUAAGCACUGACGACUGGUUCGACGAAGCAGACAGCACAAGUUUGAUAGAGAAAGAAGCAAAAGUAAAGCAAACGCCGCCAACUAGUGCAAAGGCAGCUGGCGAGGGAUCGUUGAUAACAGUUGAAAUCAAACAGGGGCAAUUGAAGCUCGAGCAGCAAGCUGCGGCGGCGGCGGCGGCGACGGCGACAAAGGAAGCGGAAGUGGUGCACACUUUGAAAAAUAGCAAUAGGAAGAGCACAGCAGCAACAGCAGGUGAAGCAGCAGAGCAGCAGCAGCAGCAGCAACAAGCGCAGGCAGCCGUUGGUGGCAGCUGUAAAUUGAAGGAUAUGAACAGUCACGCGACCGUCACACAGACAAACGGACAAACAACGACGGUCGUUGGACAUCAUCGCGGCUAUUCGCAGCCAGCGGCAGCAACAACGGCGGGCACAGUUGCUGGCGCCACAUCGGGUGAUCCAUGGUUUCUGCAGGCGACCGGGCAUCAAAUGCCGCCGACAGCGCCACUGCGACACAAUAAGCGACCUGCCCCACAGCCAAAUGCCAUGGGCGUGGGCGUAGGCGUUGGCAUGGGCAUGGUUGGCCCAUCGCUGCUGCAGCAUCAGCAGCAGCUCAGCCAAUCCCAGCCACACAUAGUGCCACCCAGCAUACCGCCACAUCAUCAUCACCAUCAUCAUCAUCAACAACAACAACAACAACAACAGCGCGACAACAGUGCACAUGCGUCACAGGCAGCGGCGGCAGCAGCGUCAGCAUUGCAUCUUUCAUCACAUGCAUUAAAUAGUCAUAAUUUAAUCAAUAAUCAUGCGCCCAAAUCGCCAAACCAAACGCAACAGACGCAACAAGUGACGACAGCGCAACAACAGCAGCAGCAACAUAGCAUAUUAUCCACAUUUGCGCCGGCGCCCACAUUAGCGGCAGAGCAAGCAGCAAGUGGCACACCCAGUGCUGCAACUAAUGCCACAGCGGCAGCUGUUGCUGCUGUAACACAGCAACAGCAGCAGCAGCAUAUGCAGCUAUUGGCCAAUUGCGGCAGCAGCGGCAAUCUAAUGUCAUCCUCGCUAACGUUGCAUGCACCAGUGGGUGCACUGCCUCCAAAGAGUUUAGCGCUAAGCAGCAGCAGCAACAGCAGCAGCAGCAACAACAGCAAUAUGCCCGCAACAGCAGGCAACACUAGCAAUAUUAAUAACAACAACAACACUAGCGGCAGCAAUGCAAAUACGACAGGCAUGUCCACAUCGUUGCAUAGCUUCGAUAUUGGCAGCACCAGCGGCGUCGUUGGCGGCAGCAUGGACAAAUGGACAAGUGGCUCAACAACGGCCAUGAAUCACAACUCGCUGUCGCCAACAACAGCAACCCAGCAGCAACAGUUGCGCAAAUGUGAAGUUAAACUAAAUGCAAUGCCCUGGUUCCAUGGCAGCAUAACACGUGACGAGGCUGAGCAUCUGCUGCAGCCACGCGAGGAUGGGCUGUUCCUGGUGCGCGAGUCCACGAAUUUUCCCGGUGAUUACACGCUGUGCGUUUGCUUUCAGGGCAAGGUGGAGCACUAUCGCGUUAAAUACUUGGAGAACAAGCUAACCAUUGACGAUGAGGAGUACUUUGAGAAUCUGGGACAACUGGUAGCGCACUAUGAGGCUGAUGCGGAUGGACUGUGCACACAGCUCAUUAAAUGUUUGCCCAAGUUGGGUAAGCAGGAGUUUUGCAUUAACUCAAAGGAGUUUGUCGACAAGGGUUGGGUUAUACCCGAGUCGGAGCUGCAGCUGCGCGAGAGCAUUGGCAAGGGCGAGUUUGGUGAUGUCAUGCUGGGCAUACUGCGCAAUGAAAAGGUCGCUGUCAAGAUGCUUAAGGACGAGGGCGCUGUGCAAAAGUUUCUAGCCGAAGCAUCGGUCAUGACCACGCUGGAGCACGAGAACUUGGUCAAGUUCAUUGGUCUGGUAUUCACCAGUAAGCAUUUGUAUUUGGUUACGGAAUACAUGAGCAAAGGAUCGCUGGUUGAUUAUUUGCGCUCGCGUGGGCGUCAGCACAUAACCAAAAAGGAUCAAAUCAAUUUCGCCUUCGACACUGCCUCAGGCAUGGAGUAUCUGGAGGCCAAAAAGGUUGUGCAUCGAGAUUUGGCCGCACGUAAUGUGCUCAUCUCAGAGGACUGUGUGGCCAAAGUGUCUGAUUUUGGUUUGGCACGCGAGGAAUGCUAUAAUCUCGAUGUGGGCAAGCUGCCCAUCAAAUGGACAGCACCCGAAGCACUUAAGAAUGGCCGUUUCUCAAACAAAUCGGAUAUGUGGAGCUUUGGCAUACUGUUGUGGGAGAUUUACAGCUUUGGACGUGUACCCUAUCCCAGAAUCCCCUUGGCGGAUGUAGUGAAGCAUGUGGAAGUUGGCUAUAAAAUGGAAGCACCAGAAGGCUGCCCGCCUGAGAUCUAUGAGAUGAUGCGACAAGCAUGGGAUUUAAAUCCAGCCAAGCGGCCAACAUUUGCGGAGCUCAAAGUAAAGCUGCAGCUGCUCAACAGUGCGACGGCGUGAGAGGCUCACGACAACCAAUAGCAGCAGCAGCAGCAGCAGCAAGUUAUGCUUAAGGAUACAGACACCGACAACAACAUUCACACACUGGACACUGAACGCAACAAUUUUUCGUACCAAUAAUUAAAUAUAUAAAUUUAUAUAUACAUAUAUAUAAAGUAAUAACUAAAACAAAAUUUAUUUACAUAUAUAAUUUAUGAUAUAAGUUGUUUAUAAGCAAACCCAAUACAAUCAAGCAAUGUUAGUGAGCUGCGGCAGCCAAACAUCUAUGCCAAGAUAUAACUAUACAUCUAUAUAUAUAUAUACUUAUAUAUAUAUAUAAUUCAAUUGAUACGAAGCAACUGUUUAGUUUCUUAUUACUAUUACAAAAUUAGGCAUAUGCAUACUUAUUAUUAAUUGUGUUAGUAGCUUUUUAUUUCUUUUGGCUUUAAACUGUUUAGCCCUGCCCACUUUCGUUUACGCCCACUCUCAUAUACAUUAUAUGUUAUAGAAUACGAUACAUAUGAGGCAUUGACCUUUGUCAGUGGCCCAAACAAAUUAAUAAAAAAAAUGUUUAUAAUGUUUCUACAAAAUACUUUUCUUUGUUUCGUAGCACAAGGAGUUGAAGAGAAAGAAAAAAAACAAACAAAAAUUUAUUAAAACAAAUACUUGUACAACAAGUUGCAAAUCAACAUUAUUAAAAGCGUUAGUUAAAUUUAGUUACAUUUAUAUUUGUAUGAAUAAUCAAUCAAAAGGCAGCAUUUUCCUCUUGACAUAAAGAAUUAAAGCGGCUUAAGCUGCGUGUCUUUAAAACCUAAAUUAAUUAAAAAGAAAAGCAUAAAAAAAAAGUUGAAAAAAAACUACACACAUACAACAAAUGUAAUAACACUUGUGAAAAUAUGCAUUACAUUUACACAUACUACUAUAUAUAUUUAAUAAAACAUUACUUAGCAUAUGCGCAUGGUUAACAAUAUAUAAUAAACAUAAAAAUAAUA